GAAGCAGCACCAGAGAGCAGUAGGAGGAGGCAGAUGACAGCGAGCGUCUUGUUGUGAGUUCUCUUCGUCUACAGUGUUAGCAAGGGAAGAUGCCUAUUCGAACUAUGGAUGAUAUCCGCAAAGAGCGGGAAGCAACUGGUGGUACUGGGCAAGCCAGUUUCGUCAGCCCCACGCCAAACCCAUGGGCAGGAGGAGCAGGAGCAGGAGGUGGUGGAAUGGGGGCUGCUGGUGGAAACUACACCACGGCAGGGGGGUAUACUCCCAUCCCUGACCAGUACAGCAUGGGCGGUGUGGGCGCCAGUGAAGUGUUUAUAGAUGCAUGUGGUGAAACCGUUCCCGUUUCAUCGCUAUCUCCCUGGCAGCUACCGAUGGCUAUGUGUUGUCCUUGCUGCCUCGGGAACCCAUGCUCGGAGAAUCGUCAGAAAUGGUACCUAUCGCAGCUACAGACUUUCAUCGGAAUUAUCACCAUGUUACAAGUACUUGUCUUCGUAAUCGAAGUGGCGCUCAGCAACAGCUGGUCAGCUAUCCUUGAUGUCCCCAGCCCUGUCUUGGCAGUGAUGGGAGGGAAAGUUGCUCCUCUGAUUGCUGCUGGAGAGUAUUGGCGCCUUAUCACGCCAAUAAUGCUACAUGCUGGCCUUUUCCACUUGCUCAUCAACGCUUUCACGCAGUGCAUGUUCGGAAUUCAGCUUGAGCGUGAGUGGGGAGCAGCUCAGAUUGCAAUUAUCUACGUUUGCGCAGGAAUUUACGGAAAUAUCUUGUCCGUGCUGUUUGCUCCGCAGGCGCUGUCCAUUGGAUGCUCUGGUGCUAUCUUCGGCUUGUUUGGAGCACAAGUGGCAUACAUCACUGGUAUGUGGAGGCAGCUGGGAGAUCUGCAGAAGAAGAUGUUGAUUCUCUCACUUUCGCUUUCUUUCAUCUUUAUCUUUGUCUUUUCCUUCUCUGUUGGUGUUGACAUGUCUGCGCACAUGGGAGGAUUUGUAGCGGGCAUGGUCAUGGGCUUGGGUUACUUUUCGCACUUGUGGCAUGAGGACAAUUUCUGGUAUCAAUAUGGAAAGGUGAUUGCGUUCUGCACAGUACUUUUCACAAGCUUGAUCGCCAUCGUCUACUUCUUCCACAACGAAGAGUUGGGGUAUGGAAAGGAUGGAUUUUAGAACAGUGAUAGAUUCAACAUUUAUCUUUACGAUGCUUGGAAUAAACUUGUCAAGAAAGC